AUGAUGCGGCUGCCGGUGCAGGCCUCCCCAGAGGGGCUGGACGCCGCCUUCGUCGGGGUGCCCCUGGACACGGGGACUUCCAACCGGCCCGGGGCGAGAUUUGGACCCCGGCGGAUCCGGGAGGAAUCAGUGAUGCUUCGGACAAUCAACCCCAGCACGGGGGCCCUCCCCUUCCAGUCCCUCAUGGUUGCAGACCUAGGCGAUGUGAAUGUCAAUCUUUACAACCUUCAGGACAGCUGCCGCCUGAUUCAAGAGGCCUAUCAGAAAAUCGUGGCUGCCGGCUGUGUGCCUCUGACCUUGGGUGGAGAUCACACAAUCACAUAUCCUAUCUUGCAAGCCAUGGCAAAAAAGCAUGGCCCUGUGGGGCUGCUGCACGUGGAUGCUCACAUGGACACGGCUGACAAGGCCCUGGGAGAGAAGCUCUAUCACGGGACCCCCUUCCGCCGGUGCGUGGAGGAGAAACUUCUGGACUGUAAGCGCGUCGUACAGAUUGGCAUCAGGGGCUCUUCUACGACUGUGGAACCCUACAGAUACAGCCGGAACCAGGGCUUCCGGGUGGUGCUGGCUGAAGACUGCUGGAUGAAGUCGCUGGUCCCUCUGAUGGCCGAAGUGAGGCAGCAGAUGGGAGGCAAACCCAUGUAUAUCAGCUUUGAUAUUGACGGCUUGGAUCCUGCCUAUGCCCCAGGGACAGGGACACCGGAAAUUGCUGGUCUCACCCCUAGUCAGGCUCUGGAGAUCAUCCGGGGCUGUCAAGGCCUGAACGUGGUGGGCUGUGACCUGGUGGAAGUCUCACCGCCAUACGACCCUUUUGGAAACACGGCCCUCCUGGCAGCCAACCUGCUGUUUGAGAUGCUGUGUGUUCUCCCCAAAGUGAGAGUCGUCUGAACCUUGUGCUCGUCAACACCGAAUAACAGAUCGCAUCAAGGACCAAUUCUUAAGCAUCUGUCAGUACUAGAGUUUGUGCCAAUAAAACUUUCUGCUCCAAG